UAGUUAGUUGAAACAAUAAAAUGUGAUUUUCCACUGCGGCCGGCCCCCUGCACUCGCGUUCCCUCCGUGUCUGUGCGCGCUCGCGUGUGUAAGUGUGUUAUUGUUUAGCCCCCUCUGCCCAAAUUGGCGACUUUGAUUUCAGUCGCCAAAUCGAAUCGAAUUGCGGGGUCCACCGGGUGGACUGGCUGUCGUUCUGUCAGUCGUACGGAAUGUGUAAUGCGAGUGCCAGUGUGUGAGAGUGUCAGCGGGUUCAAUCAACUGUACUAUUCCAGUAGUAUGACAUUCCCCAACUAGUCUGGAGAAACGGCAAAACUUAGUUACGAGGCCUAACACAGCCGCAGAGAAGAGAGCACAGAAGCAUGCUUACUGAAUGCGUUUCAUUACUGUAUAAAAAUAUUAAAGCAAAUUAAUAUUUUGUUAUUUUGUCUUGCAAAAACAACUACGUAACAUUUCAAUGCAGCAGCAGCGGCAGAAAGAGAACGCGACACUUGCUGCUCGGAGAGCGAGCGCCACAGAGAGCGCCCCCUACGCAAGAGAGUGAUAAGUGAGAGGAGAGGAAAGGCGACCGACUCUCUGACGUUUCGCGCUGGUCGCUUUUAUAACGGACCUCGCCGAAGCCCUAGUUGAGUCAAGUGACGUUCGAAGACGGCGGCGCAGAGGCCAGAAAAACACAACAAUUAUUAAAGCAUAUUCCCCGUUUGAUUGAUAUAAAUGAAUAUGCAGUGCGGCCCAGUUAUACAGUUAUACAACUGGAACAAAAUCACUCUCUUACAAGUGUGUGUGUGCAAUCUUCCUCCUGCUCUUUCUCCGGGUUUUAAUUAAACGCCAGAGAUGAAUAUCACACAGGCCAUAUCCACAGAUGCAGCAGCAGCCAAAGCUGCGAAAAGUGUAAAAGUGCAAUAAAAAUUAAAAUUUGAGUGCCAAAAGCCAGACAACAAUAAUAAAAGUGAAACAAAAUCAAAGUAAUCAUACAAACAAAAACAAAAAUCACACCCGGCAGCGACUUUUGUUAUAACGAGCUUCGAAUCCGAAUCACAUAAAGAAAUCAACAAGUGUGCGUCUGGGUCUGGUCUCUCACGUCUGUUUCGCUUUCAUUCAUGCGCUCAAAGCAGCGCACCGACAACCACAACAAUAACGGCAACAAAGGCUGAUAAAAGCCCAGAAGCAGAAGCAGCAGCAGCAACACCAACAACAACAACAACAGUUACAACUACAACGCCAGUUAGAAGUCUGUCUGACCGAAAGAGAGACACACAGAGAAGAGAGCUUUAAUUGGCGGGGCAUUACUUUAUGACUAUGUGAUUGGGUCCGUUUUACCCUCACCACCCAUAACCAUAUAAUGAAGCACCCACAAGAUCUGAGGGUCACCGAUGGACAGCAGCUAUUGAAGAUCAACAAGGUGGAGGAAAUGGAGCAUGAGUUGCAUGAAUCUGAAUCGGAAAGCCAUAUAAUGCACGCCGAUGCCCUGAACUCUGGCUAUCCGCCGGCCUCGCAGCCCCACAGCCCCAUAGGGCACGCCCUCAGUCCCAACGGCGUAGGCCUGGGCCUGAGCAACAGCAGCAACCAGAGCAGCGAGAACUUUACGCCCUGCAACGGAAGCGGAAACGGCAAUGGCGCCGGAAGCGGUACCCCCAGCAACAACAACAACGUUUAUUCGCCCAACAACAACCACAGCGGAGGGGGAAGCAGCAGCGGGGGAGCUGGAGCCGGAGGCGCCACCAGUCAGCAGCAACAGCUCCAGCAGCAGCAAACGCAAUCCCCGACGGUCUGUGCCAUCUGCGGGGAUCGGGCGACGGGCAAGCACUACGGGGCCUCCAGUUGCGACGGGUGCAAGGGAUUCUUCAGGCGAAGUGUGCGCAAGAACCACCAGUACACGUGCAGGUUCUCGCGGAAUUGCGUUGUGGACAAGGACAAGAGGAACCAGUGUCGGUACUGCCGCCUGAGGAAGUGUUUCAAGGCGGGCAUGAAGAAGGAGGCGGUGCAGAACGAGCGGGACAGGAUCAGCUGCCGUCGUACCUCCAACGAUGACCCGGAUCCGGGAAACGGGCUCUCUGUGAUCUCGCUGGUGAAGGCGGAGAACGAGUCGCGGCAGUCGAAGGCGGGCGCCGCCAUGGAGCCGAACAUCAAUGAGGAUCUCUCGACCAAGCAGUUUGCCAGCAUCAACGAUGUCUGCGAGUCGAUGAAGCAACAGCUGCUCACUCUCGUGGAGUGGGCCAAGCAGAUACCGGCCUUCAAUGAGCUCCAGCUGGAUGACCAGGUGGCCCUGCUGCGCGCCCAUGCCGGCGAGCACCUGCUGCUGGGACUCUCACGGCGAUCGAUGCACCUGAAGGACGUCCUGUUGCUGAGCAACAACUGUGUCAUCACCAGGCACUGUCCAGAUCCUGGAGUGUCACCCAAUUUAGACAUAUCGCGGAUUGGCGCCCGCAUCAUUGACGAACUGGUGACGGUAAUGCGCGACAUUGGCAUCGACGACACGGAGUUCGCCUGCAUCAAAGCGCUGGUCUUCUUCGAUCCAAAUGCCAAGGGCCUGAACGAGCCGCACCGCAUCAAGUCGCUGCGCCACCAGAUACUCAACAAUCUCGAGGACUAUAUAUCCGAUCGGCAGUACGAGUCGCGUGGCCGUUUCGGGGAGAUCUUGCUCAUCUUGCCGGUCCUGCAGUCCAUCACCUGGCAGAUGAUAGAGCAGAUACAGUUCGCCAAGAUCUUUGGCGUGGCCCACAUCGAUUCCCUGCUGCAGGAGAUGCUCCUGGGUGGAGAACUGGCGGACAACCCGCUUCCGCUGUCGCCACCCAAUCAGUCCAACGACUAUCAGAGCCCCACCCAUGCCACCAAUUUGGAUGGCAGCCAAGUGAACGCCACACUGGACACGCUGGACGUGCAGCACAUACAGGCCCUGAUCGAAGCCAACAACGAUGAUUCGUUCCGGGCCUAUACCGCCAGCUCGGCUGGAGCCGCCGCAGCCUCGUCCUCCUCCACGCCCACGGCCGUCGCUCCGGCUUCCAUCUCUCCCCCAUUGAACAGCCCCAAGUCACAACAACAGCAGCAGCAUCAGCUGCAGAAUGCGUCACAUCAGCAGCAGGACAUCCCGUACAUGGAUGCAGCCGUGAAGCACUACAACGGCAGCCGAUCGACGGGAUCCCUGCAGCCGCACCACAGUCCCCAGCGCAUGCAUCCGUACCAAAGAACGGCCACGUCGCCGGGCGAGUCGGGCCUGGGGCUGGGCCUGCGCAAUCCUGCGGACAUUACGCUCAACGAGUACAAUCGCAGCGAGGGCAGCAGCGCCGAGGAGCUGUUGCGGCGCACACCGCUCAAGAUUCGCCCCCCCGAGCUGCUGACAUCACCGUCCGGCUAUGGCAUGGAACCCUGUCGCAUGACGCUGAAGCAGGAACCGGAAACGGGCUACUGAUCGGAAACGGUGGAUAAAACCGCAUCGUAUCUUACUAAUGGUGCAAUAGUAUGCUAUAGGAAUCACACCACACCCCAAAUCCACAAUCCACACUUCUCCCACCCCACACAUACAGGCCCCAUCUUGCUGUACACAUAAACCCCGCCAAGUGCUAUACAGAAAUGAAAUGAAAAACUUACUUAAUUGUUAUGCCUUGAAACCUUUUUGAUACUUUUUACUAGCUCUUAAGUAGGUAUUUUGGAAAUUGUUGCUUAAUUUUUAAAUGUUUAACGCAGUUGCAAUCUAUUUUUGGAGUCAAUAUUCUGCUCAAGAACUAUAUUACUAUGAUAUAUGUAUACAACAUACACACUACACCAUUAUAAUAUAUACAUAGAUAUAUACCAUUUAGCAUGUAAUACUGAGUUUGUUGGUUAUUUGGUUACGUUACCUUCUUAUCCUUGUGCGUGGAUCGAUCACAAAGCGUACAGCUCGUACAGGCCAUGCAAUAUAUUGUUUUAGGUUAGGGUGUUGUCUAGAAUAUGCGCUGAAAGUGUAAAAUACGAGUAUCUUUAAAGCUAAGCGAAGAACUAUUUUUAUAUGAGUAUGUAUAAAAUACAAAAAUAGCUGUAAGAUGGCUGAAUGAAUAAAAAACAAA